AUGGCCGGCCUGACGACACGAGACUAUUGGCUUGCAGUCAUCACCGCAUAUCUCAUCACUCAAUGGCUGACCAAACGCAGCCAUCUCCUCGCACGUUUGACACGUCUCCGUCAGAACCUUCCCGCUGGACCGUCCACUACACCACCGGCGAUCAAGCCAGGCGCUAAGCCUGUAGCAGCCAGCUCCUUCACUGUGUCCUACCGCAUCGGUUCAGGCGAGGUUGACUCUGACGGUCGCGCGUACGGCGGCGAGCUCCUCAAGCUCAUCGACGUCGUCGCCGGUGUAGCAGCUCGCAAACAUUCCGGUCAUCCUUGUGUCACCGUUUCCGUCGACAGAGUCAUCUUUCUCAGCGCUAUUCGAGCAGGCGAUAUCGUACAUCUGUCCGCCUCUGUCAAUCGCGCUUGGUCGAGCUCGCUCGAGACAGGUGUCCGCUGCAUGAGAGAGGACGGCAGGACUGGAGAGAAGGUGUACGCUUGCCAAGCCUACCUCACCUUUGUGGGGCGCAGUCAAGCGCACGGAAAGACAAUCGUGCCCGAGAUCACGCCGUUGACUGUGCUCGAGCAGAAGCGCUUCUUCCUCGCUGGCCGACGGAGAGGGCAUCGUAUAAAGCAAGCAAGAGCGUGGCAAGAUGAGCUUACGCCCUUUCGCAACGAGGUGCUAGCCAUGAGUGAUCUAGCAUCACGGCAAGCGCAAGAUCAGCGCGACUCUGACAAGGUGGUCGACAAGAUGGCCGAGCUGGAAAAGCGCUUCAUUGCAGAAGCCUAUCUGCGUAACGAUCCUGAUAUCCGGCUCGAGGGCGAGUAUGUUAUUGCGCAAGUCGAGGGAUAUACUGAACCUCUGCGAGUCAAGAAGGAAGACAUUGACAAGAUAACCAGAAGUCUGGGCUCGGGCGCAUGGCAGCGAGUAGCAAGUAGGCCCAUACCCACCUCGCAUCCCCGCCAAUCCGAUCACGAGCUCGGACUCUCAUCCUUACCUCUGCACCAAUAUCAAUCAUACUGUCUCAGCCUGUACAUCGUGCGACCGCAGCACUGCAACAGCCUGCACGUCCUCUUUGGCGGCCAGCUGAUGAGGUGGCUGGAGGAACUCGCUGGCAUGUCCGCUUCUUCUGUCCGUCGCGCAUCUUGGACGACAGCGUCUCUCGAUUCGAUGACGUUCAAGCAGAGCGUCCAUCCGGGCCAGAUUGUCUACAUCCGCUCUAUCGUGACCAAAGUUUGGGCAUCAUCCAUCGAAGUCUAUUGCGUCGCGACGGCAGAGACGCCCGGCGGGACAGGCGCGAGCUACGUUGCCGAUGCUUUCUUGACUCUCGUCGGCGUCGAUGCGAUGACGGGUCGGCCAAAGGUACAGCCCAAGAGGUUCGAAGUGGCCACCAAAGAAGCGGCUUCGAUCUCGCGCAGUGCAGAAGCCCGCAAGCAAGAACGCCUCGCCGACAAGCAGAUUCUUGUGACCAUGUAUGCUUGA